UUUCGAAUAUUGAAAAUCAAUUACCUAUCAUACGUAGAUGGGCACAGAGCGCAAGGCUCGCUCAGAAUUGACCUUGGGUGUAGUCUCGCUUCUAUGAAACAUUCCAAGCGUAUGAAGUGACUACUGGCUAGAACACAUCAUAAAGCCCGCAGUCUCAUGCUGAUAUCUGUUCCAUUACGCUUGUGCAGCCGGAAACCAGCUGCUAUAGUGGCAGCACCUGCUUUCGGGCUAGACGCAGUGGCGCUGCGUGACAUCGCGAUGAUGACUCUCGCGCAUUGGCAUUUGAGGAUAUCCUAUACCCAUCGGAGAGAUCUGACAAGCUACUUCCAACAGAGGCUGCCAGAGCUGAUACCUAGGAGAAGCAGCAAGACCUGGCCCUGCCUCUCUUACUGAUUCUCGAGAAAUAAUAUAGCUCCAAACCAACUAGUAUCGAAUGAGAUUAUGAAGUAGAUACAUU